AAUCAAUAAUAAGCAAAUCAAGACUAGGCUGUCCUGUUCGCUACUUGGCUUUCCUCUGCUUACUCCUUUGGAGCUCAUCCUUGUUGGAACCUGUUAUGGCUAUAUAACUAUAUAAGUGCAGCUGCAGAUUUAUAGCUUUGUGGUAAAUGCAUCUCUCAAGUUGAGUAUAGAGUCUCCUCAUAUGUUCAUCUCGUAUAUGUGGAUUAAACUUGAUGAAGAAGGCUGUGAUUGUUGGGCCAUUCGGAGGUGAGUCUGAGAAUUCAUGGGACCAUGGAGUCCACACCACUGUUAGACAAAUGUUCUUACAUUGUGGAAUGGUUGUCGACUACAUAGCAGUAGAGUAUGAUGAAAAUGGAAGCUCCAAAUGGUCUGAUGGAAAAGUUUACAUUGGUGGAAACCCUAAUAAAGACUUUCAGAUCAAACUGGACUAUCCGAAUGAGUAUUUGACAUCAAUCUCAGGUUACUACAAUGUAUUUACGGGUCGUAUUUAUAUCUGUUCAAUGGUUGUAAAAAGCAAUAGAAGAGUGUUUGGUCCAUUUGGUACUAAAGAAGAAGGCAACUAUUUUUUGGUUCCAUCUAAUAUAGGCAAAAUUGUUGGGUUCUUUGGGAGCUAUGAUCCUUAUCUUACUUCAGUUGGAGCGUAUGUGGAACCAACUGACCAUUUUAAAUCUUUUGGUCCAUUUGGAGGCAAUGGUGGAGCUUAUUGGGAUGACGGGACAUACACUACUAUAAGGAGAAUAACUGUGGUUUCUGAAUCAGUAAUCAACUCCAUUCAUAUAGAAUACGACGACAAUGGGACCUUGGUAUCAUCUACUAAGCAUGGAGGAAAGCAUGGAGGAGGUGGAGGCACCACCAAUGUGAAAAAGGAAAGGGGAAUUUUCUUCCCACAAACUGGAGGUAAGAUCAUUGGGUUUCAUGGGAGGUGUGGUGAUCAUCUAAAUUCAAUUGGUGGACAUUUGGAGCCUACCUCAAGUCUAUAUGCUGUAAAAACUAUUGGUCCAUUUGGUGAAGGGAAUGGAUAUUUAUGGGAUGAUGAGGUUCAUUCGGCAAUAAAGCAAAUAAGAACUACACAUGGAGCUUUUGUGAGUUCCAUUUGUACUGAAUAUUAUAACGAUGAUGGUUUAUCAGAGUGGUCUGAGAAGCAUGGUGAAGACCUUGAACCCAAAAUGAGCACGAUUAAGCUUGAUUAUCCAGAUGAGUUUCUAACUUCAGUUACGGGUUACUAUGACUCUAUCAAUGAAAUGAAUGACUACACAAUGAAGACUGAAUGA